UUUUAAGAAAUUUUGUAAUAAACCAGCCGUUCCAAGCGUUAAACCUUUCAUCUGUUCAUAGUUUGCUGGUAAAAAUCUAGACUUUCUUGUUGAAAUGCAUUUACAUUUAAAUGAGUUUCCAUAGUAUAACGGACAAAUUACUAGAAACAAAGGACAUCAUUGUCCGUCCACUAAUGUUGGAACUGAAGCGAAUGAAAGAAGAUUUGCAAGAUGAUCACUUGGGCUCUUUCCAACAAAGCGAGCAAUUCCAGCUUGAUUGGAUGUUUAAACUAUCGCUAAAGCAUGGUACUGUCGGAGGCAUGCAAUUUCUACAUAAUUCUGAUAUUAAAUCGCAUGGAUAUCUAAAAUUAUCCAAUUGUGUGGUAGAUUCUACUAUCAAUGCAGCCGAGAUGUCGAGAAUAGCAACAGUCAUGUUAUUGGCAUAUGAAGUAAAAGAGGAAAAAAAUUACAAAUAAAUACUUGGUGGAAUUCAAGAAAUGAGCAAAAUUUUCCAUCACCAAUAAACGCAUGAACAUGAGGGGACUACAAAUCAAGGGCACAUUUCUUUAGCUUUCAUUAACGCGUAGGGUAAUGGUAAAAUGUGUGUGCGUGUUUUAGUUUAUGAAU